AAGCGUAAAGUUUCUAUCUCGCCUGCCCUGGUCCUUGUCGCGCCCCGGCUCCCCUUCCGAGCUACCACAGUUGGGGCGAAACCGAAAUUCGCAGGCUAGGGUUUGCUCCGCGUCGUGUCCACAGUUCGCCGCCACUGACGCCGGGAUGCAGAGGUACGGGCUGCAGCUCCGCAAAAAGCCGGCGACCUCCUCGUCGUCUCGACCGCCACCUCCGGCGCGCCCCCUGGCGGCCUUCGCCGACGACAGCGAUGACGAUGUGGAGGCCGACAUCCUCCGACAGUCAUCGAAGAAACGCGCCCUCGAGAAGGUGGAGGAACUGCAGAAGAAGGCGAUGGAGGAGGAUCCCUCGGUGUUUGCCUAUGAUGAGGUGUACGAUGAUAUGAAGGAGAAGGCCGCUCGGCCCAAGAUACAGGCCAAGGUUGUUCGCGAGUCAAAGUACAUUGAAGCACUUAAGGAGAAAGCAGAACAACGAAAACGAGAACAGGACAUAGUGUAUGAGAGGAAGCUUCAUAAAGAGAGGAGCAAGGAAGAUCACCUGUUUGCUGACAAGGACAAGUUUGUAACAUCUGCCUACAGGAAGAAACUUGAAGAGGAGAAGAAAUGGCUAGAGGAAGAAAGACGACGGCAGCUUCAAGAAGAAAGGGAUGAUGUAACUAAAAAGAAAGACUUGAGUGAUUUUUACUUUGGGCUUGCUAAGAAUGUUGCUUUCGGUGCACGGACACAUGAGGGUACAGAAACUACAGAACCUGAAAAGUUGGAAAAUAAAGUAGAAGAUAUUCAAGGUAGCAAGUCUGACGCCGAAGGAUCCAGUCGUUCUCCUAAGCGCAGGAGGGAAUCCAGUGUAGGAUCAGAGAAGGCUCAUGGAAGUAGCAGUGUGGUAGAACCUUCAACUACUGGAUCAAAAGAUUCAACAGCUGUUAGAUCUACUGAGAAAGAGGCAGAUAUUUCUACAUCUGCUUCACAGGCUCUCCAGAAUACUCAACCAGCACCAAUCACCGACGAGCACUACAAGAGGAGUAACGACACACUUGCCGCUGCUAGAGAACGAGCACUGGCUCGUAAGAGAGCGAAGGAGCAGCAAAUAUGAAGAUGCAUAUAUAAUCUCAACAUGCAAAAGCUUAAGGCUGUGUAAUACUUGACAUUUGUUUUCAACUUGCAACAUUUUCAGUGGAUGAUUCAGUGGAUGAUGCACACAUCUCUCUUGCAUGAAUAUAUUCAUUUGGUUGCUGUAUGAUGGUUCAGCUUCUAUGGUCAAAAUAUCUGUAUAUCCACAUAUGACAAGCAAGCAUACUUAUCAGAAUGGCCAUUCUGCUAUGCAUAAUCAGGAGAGGAGAGGUUAAUGGAGCCCAUUAUAUUUACUGAAUUUUUGUGCUGCCAAAAAAAGGAGAAAUACCUUGGCACAGACAGGCUGAUGGCAAUCUGUGCCCUUUUGUGUGUUCCACUGUAAUCUGUAACUAUGUAAUGAUUCAAGCUGGUAGUUAUUUACUGGUCGGUGUUGAAUCAAAGAUAUUGAGAUGAUGAUGUAUGCCUUUCUCAAAUAAAAAAGAUGUAUGCAAAUUUUAGAUUUUCCAA